AAUCAUGUGCCAAUGCUGGGAGACCGUCCCUCAAGAUCGGCCUUCCUUUCGACAUUUGGCCGACAAACUCAGCAAGUUGUUGAUGCCUGAGACUACUCAGUACUUCAACAUCAAGAGUGGAGAGUACCUGAACAUGAAUAAGGAGCGUUUCAAGCACGAGACAGAUUACCUGGAGAUGGUGGCAUCACCUGACAUCAGGCACAUCACCAGAGAUGGAGAGUCGAAAUGUGAGGACGGUGUACAUGGGACAGGAAAAACGAACCAUGAUCUUCAGAUGCAUACUGAAAGCACAACAUCUGAUCCAGACCAGAGGACAGGGUAUCUUCCUAUGUCAUCAGGCACACGCUCCCUUAGUUCUUCCUCUGACUUAUUCUACCCAAUAAUGAAUAUGUGAUCACUUCUGAUGAAGAGGCUCCAUGGAGAAGAUCGAAUUCUACUCGAAACUUUACAGAAUAUAAAACAAGUUUAUCUAAUUCCGAAUAUUCAUUAAACACUCAAGAAGUCAAACAAUGUUGAACAAUUCCACGACUAAAAAGCAUUACUUCAAUGUGGCAUUCUAAAAAAAAAAAAAACACUCAUAAGGUCAAACAAGGUUGACCAAUUCCACGACCAGAAGAAAUUACAUUCCUAAAAAAAAAAACAUGGCUACACAAGUAGCAGCUUUGGAUGCUUUAUCAUAUGAAAAGUUUGUCAACAUUUACACUAGUUUAAUUUGCGAGGGCUCUGUCUUUACAAGCACCAUUCAGUUGUUGUUCUCUAUGUAAACCAAAUCUGACACUAGUUUGGCAGUUUGCAUCCCACGAGCAGGUUGAGUGUACUGAUUUAAUCUGUUAACAGAACUGACAGAAGUAAUGAACAUAUGAGAUUAUGUAUAUCUGAUGCAAUAUAAUUUAAUUUCGAUUAUAUAAAUACUGUAUAUUACUGACAGUUAUUUAACUACUGCCCGGAACAUGUAAUAUUAAAUAAGUAUUAUACCCAAAUGAAGGACAAAGGUUCUUAUUUUUUUUUUCAUUUAUGAUUUUAUUAGGGAUGUAACUUACCACUUCAUGUUCAGCAUCAUAUUUCGAGGAUAGACUGACUAAUAUGUCCCUUUAGAUGUGCUUCUCAUAUUUGCCAAAGGUUAUUAGACAAACAUUCCAUUGCAUUUACUAUAAGUAGUGAAGACUGGAUACAGGAGAUUAAGUUGUGAUGAUUUAUAAUUACGGUGAUUUUGCAUACUGAUGUCAUUAUCAAUUGUAUCAUUUUGUUUGUUACUCUAAUUUAUGAAUUAUUUUUAAUUUUCAAUCAAAACUGUAUUUUUUAAGUGCAUAGCAAGUAAAAAAAUAAGAUG